GCCGGGUUGCGUGCGGCACUCCAUCGAGUACAUCGCUUCUCAAGUGACUGAUCUUGAAGUUGGUAAACCGAUGAACCCGGUGGAGUUUAGAAACCUGGUUGAGGCGCGCCAGUGGACUUGCGUCGAGCAAGCGCAUGACGAAUCCAAGACGAACACUCGCCUUGACACCUACCUCAAUGUUGGCAACCCGUGCGCCCGAGAGAAGUUCGAUCGAGCUUACGCGAGCGUGGUAGGACGCAACCCUCUGAAGGAGCCGACACUCGAGGACAUGGUGCGAGACUACCACAAGAAACACGACAAAGAGAACAGCCACUCGUGCGGCUACCUCCGUGCUUGGAUCGAGUGGGGCACACUGCAGUUUGGUGAUGGUCUCAAAUUCGCACAGGAGCUCGUCAUGUGGAUGAGGAAGGGAAGAGAAGAUCGUGGGAAUUUUCUCAUCAUGGAGGGCUCAGCGGGAACGGGUAAGUCAUGGGGGACGACUUACCCGCUCAAGAAGAUCCUCUUGGCGCACGGGUACGAUAAACCAGGCGAAGGGUCGUACGUUUUAGAACGAUUAGGAUCAAAGCACCCUCUCAAUCUAGCUUUUGUGUUGGAUGAGUUGGACAUAGGAACGAUCAAGGACUGGCUCUCCACGCCUGAAAUGAAGGGAACAGGUUGGUGGAAGCGGUUCUUGGGUAUGAUUUGUGACCCGGUAAUUAAUUUAGGGCUGCCAUCAAAUAGGAAGUUCGACAUGCACACAUUUCAUUAUCCUGCGCCAUUUAUAGCAACACUAACAGAGAUGUUCUAUCUUGUUCCGGGUUUAGAUAAAACUUAUGAUACUGCGGAGAAAUGUGCUCGCGAGAACAAGCAGAUGAAGGACAGGAUUAAAGUUUUUCACUGCGCUCAGCGUGUCACACCACCGGAGGACGCUGUGACAGGUGCGGAGCUGUACCCGCGUAUUCCUGUAUGUGCUAUCUGUUGGUCUAAGAUAAUUGAUCUAGCUGCUGCUAAUAUAGAUGGCGACCCUAUUUGUGUCCCGAUGAAUCAGGGGGAAAAGCAUAGCUUUGAUGACUCGAUGAACGCGACGUUCCACGAUAGGUCGCAUACAGGGGAGCACGUGGAUGAACAGCACCUUGAUGGUGAAUCAGAAAAAUCAUUCGGCGCUCGUUCACCCUGUAACUAUGACGAGGCUGAGGAUAUUUAUGGCAAUAAAGACUACGACACAGAGGACGAGCUAUAGUAGAUUCAUAAAAAUAUAACUCCUUAGCAAACUUAUUACCGGCAUAGUUGUAAUGUAGUCAUUUCUAGAUGGUACACACGUAGAGAAAAAAAAACUUUUAAUUCAUCACCUUAUGUAAAAUUAUGCGUCCUAUGUCAUCUUAUACCUAUUAGUCGCUGGACCACAUUCAUUUCCGUCCCACGGGCCAAGUUAAUUUAGUUAAUUGAUAUUCUAGCCGUCUUGCUGUUUGUGACUCCCGCGUCGUCUACGGGCUUGUGGGUCACCUGAAUUAAACAUGUUAAGCUAGUCUCUUGAUAAUUGAGAUGAGCCAUAUUCUACAGCAUGAAAAUGACAAAAAAUAUAGCUCAUCCAUUGUUGGAGAGGAUGGAUAAUUAUGAACACUUUCUCAACCUUGGAUAAGAUUUUUUUUAUGUCAUUUUGGGUGUGUUUA